AGCCCAGCCCAGCCCACCUGCCUGCAAACCCUUCUCCUUCCUCUCUCGACCUCGCUCUCGCUCACCCUCGCUGCCUCUCGCUCUCUGCCUCCUCUCUUUUGCUCGUCCACUCGCGCUCGCUCUCGCUCUCGCUCUCUGCUUCUCUCUUGCUCUCGCUCGCCCUCGCUGCCCCUCUCUUGCUCUCGCUCGGGCUCGGCCCUCUUGAUCUCGCUCGCCCUCGCUGCCUCUCGCCCUCGCUCGCCCUCCGGCCGUCGCUGCCUUUCUCUUGCUCUCGCUCUCUGCCUGACUGCCUCUCUCUUGCUCUCGCUCGCCCUCGCCCCCACGCUCGCUCGGCCAGUCGGCCUCGCCUCGCUCGCUGCCUCUGAUUCAGGUUUUCGUUUUACCCCCAAAACUUCCAGUCUCCAGAUCUGCUUCAUUCGAGCCCGGAUCUGUAUUGCUGCCCCCCCCCCCAAACCUAAAUUCCUGGAUCCGCCCUGGUUAGCGCACUUGACUGCUCGCUUUUCCUCAAAGGCGAAAAAUCUAUUGUCUCUCACUCCAUUGUUCUCCAGAGUCCAGGAGGUUAGCGAAUCGUUAGAAUCUUCUCGAAUAUCUUGGCCUUCACUUUCGUCCUUCAUGGAUCCUCAGCCGGAGCCGGUGAGCUACAUCUGUGGAGAUUGCGGGCAGGAAAAUACACUGAAGCCUGGUGAUGUGAUUCAGUGCCGGGAAUGUGGUUACCGCAUCCUGUACAAGAAGCGGACCCGAAGAAUUGUCCAGUAUGAAGCACGCUGAAGGUGCAAGGAAGGUCCUCUAUGAAGUAGAUAUGUGGAGGCGUGGGGGAAAACUGUUGAGGUGUGGUGGUUCAUUUUGAUAAUCAGUGAUACCCCAUAAUGCAGACAAAUUAUAACCAAUAGUUGCUUAUGGUUGGUGGACUGAGAUAUAAGAUUUCAUUUUGUUAAAUUAUCGAUACUCUGUAAUGCAAACAAUUACUAAUAGUUGCUUAUGGUUGGUGGAGUGAGAUCUAAGAUUUCCAUGCUGCAUCAUUUUGUGAUUGUCAGACAUUAUCUUGUGAAAACGGGCAAAGACCAAGAAAAGAAUAUAUUGUGCCACUAUUUCAUUGUGCUUGGAUCAA